UCUUAUCUAAUAUAAACUCUAGUUAAUACAAUAACAAAUAAGUUCUAGUUAAUAUAAUUCCGUAACAGACUUUCAUGCAUGUUAAUCUUUGGAUUCACACAGAUAGUUGAACAAGUUUGUGUUGCUUAAUAGAAAACUUUCGAUGCAAAAUUUAAUGAAUAAGGAUCAUUUGAAAAAGGGUCUCGCAUUUCUGUCUGGUGAAGAAUAAAAAUACUGAUGUUCUGGAUCUGAUCCCGUCUUCGAAUUUGAUCUCGACUGUUCUGGGAACGAAAAAUUGUCUUGCUUCAAAACAUGUUUGGUCCGUUUUUACUGCUUCCUUUCGAAAUUGUUAUGGGAAACAGUGUUUGUUUUUAAUCAUGCCUGGCUUGGCUGAAUGAAUUUACAGCACUCUCUGUCUCUUUCGUUUCCCCUUCAAUUCCAAGGAAUGUUGAAUAAAAUUGCUUUUUUCUUUCUUGUCUGGAGAUUCUGAUGAGUUUGUGACUAUCUGAAGAUAAGACCGUUUUGUUUCCAAUGCAAUAUGAUUAAAAAAAGAGAAAGAAAAUGAGAGUAAAUGGAUCCUUAUCCAAUUUUCGGUUUCAACCAGCUCUGCUUUUUGCAUUUAGGAUUUUAUUUCUUUUUAUGGUUACAUUUAUAGAUUUCUGUAAUGCCAUUAUAUCUGUAAAUCUUUGAAGUUAAGCAGUGCCCCUAGAGUGCUGACGUAAGAAAUGGAAUUCGAAUCCUAGCAGGGAAAAAAGUUGAUGUUCGAAAUCUAUUCAGGAAAGAAAACCUCCUGCAGUUUUCGUAAUUAGAGACAUGAUCAACCGUGACAGAAAGACCAGAUUAAACUGGGUAUGAGUGUCGCAAUACCAGGGCCAACAUUAUUGGAUUUACAAAACCUUGUCAAUACAGACAUGCAGCAUAUUGCAUUUAUUUAUACUGCAAGAUCAGCUGGUUAUCUUUUUGGUUCCUUAUCAGGAGGAGUUUUAUUUGACAUGGUGGCCCGAAAACAAAUCAUCCUUACGAUCUUUAAUUUUGUUGCCUCGCUCACAAUGUUGGGAAUUCCAUGGAGUCGAAGUAUAGGAGCAUUAACUGCACUUAUGACUGUCAAUGGGUUAUCCUUAGGCUGUUUGGACACAGGAGGAAAUGUAUGCUGCUUGAAUUUGUGGGGAAAAGACAGUGGGCCUUUUUAUCAAGCACUCCACUUUACUUUUGGUUUGGGAGCACUCAUAGCACCUUUAAUUGCUGCUCCUUUUGUUGGCAACAUCGACACAUCAGAUUUCAGCUUUGACAACAAAUCUACAAUUGCUGCAAAUACUACUCUACAACCAGCCUUUCAGAAUUUCCUUAAUAAUAGUUUGGUUGAUAGUUUUGAGAUUCCACCCAUCACGUAUGCCUAUUCAGCUAUUGGAGGCUUUGCAAUAUUUGUCACAGCACUUUUCUUAAUCAUUUGUAUCAUCGCUCCACUGGAAACUCAAGGACAGCAAAAUGAUGAGUCUCAAGUGAGAGAAAGAAAAUUAUCUUUUGUUCUUCUAAUAGUUUUUCUGAACAUCAUUUUAGUAUUUGUAGAAACAGGAACUGAGGUCGGAUAUGCACAAAUGUUGACGACAUAUGUAGUUAAAGGACCUCUACAACUUUCUCCAACAACUGGAUCUUACAUGACUUCGGGAUUUUGGGCAGCGUUCUCGAUUUCAAGGUUUCUUUCAGUAUUCCUUGCUAUAAAAUUUAGUAAUUUACAACUUAUUGUCUUCGAUAUUAUCAUAUCCUCAAUAGGUGCACUCAUUUUACUAUCUUUUGGGGCAUCUCAGGUAUGGGCAGUAUGGCUAGCAACCAUUCUGUUAGGAGUAGGAAUAGCAUCAUUCUUUCCAGCUGCAGUUGGCUGGGUCGAGAAAUACAUGACUGUGACUAACAAAAUGGCUUCUAGUUUUUGCAUAGGUGCUGCAUUUGGCGAAAUGAUAAUUCCAUUUAUUAUAAGCACUUACAUAGAUACUGUGCCCGGAGUUCUGCUUUACACCGUAGCAGCAUCUUGUGCACUUUCCGCUGGUGUAGCUUUCAUAAUGUGGUUAAUAUUAAGAAAUAAACAAGACAAAUAUAUAAAAGAUGAAGGAACAGCAAAUGCUGCUUAUGAUGCAAAAAUAGACACAUAAUGAACUCUUUGAUAAAAGAAUACUUCCUUAUGAUUGCCAUUAAUGGAGUAAUAUUAAAUUUUUCUGACAAAAGUAAAGAAGUAUUGAAAGAAAGACAAUGACUUCUAUAUUAUUUUUAUCAGAUUUUCAAAGGUGAUAAUUAUCAAUAAUAAUAUUUAAACUCAAAUUUAUAAGAUGCUUUAUUUAAUUUCUGAUUAAUAUUGUAAAAUGACUUACAUGAUAACGUCACCUUGUAAUAUCCGUCAGUCGAUAAUUUUAUGAUUCAAGCCAUGUUCUCAAAAAGCACCAGAAAAUGUACAAAAACGUUUUUAAAUAAGUGUAUGCAUUUAACAUAAUGUUGCCAUAUUACACAGAGAAAUACGAGCAUAAUUAUUUAUCUAUAUUAAAAAAAGGUAAUUCAGAAAUAUCUCUGAAAAUCCUUUAUAUUUCUUUCUUUUAUACGCCUCAUUUGAUUUUUCAUUGCAAAAUUGAUAAUAUCAAUGUUCCAUUUGAAAUCUCAAGUACUGUUAAUGAUCACAAUCUAAGUAAUGGUAAAUCAUGUGUGAAAAUUUCCUUCAGUUUUUAAUUUGAAUAAUUUUUCAGGAAUAUGUGACGUCAAGUUUUAAGAUUCACGGAAUAUCGCAUAAAAUUCACCAGAAUUUUCUGUUCUUUCAAAUUUGUUAGUUCAUAUUCUUAUUCAAUAGAGUAUUUUUUUAAUAUGUUGUUUUAAAUUUAUGUUUUAAAAAAGUUGAUAUUAAUAUGUCAUCUUUUCAGAAAAUAAAUAAAGAUAUUUUAUACUCAGUUAUUUGCAGUUUUU